AUGAAAGUCGCUUUUCUGUCCAGUCUCACCACGCACUUCUCGGGAUAUCAGUCUUUUCCGCCAGGAAUUUUCAUAAAUCUGAUCCGCAGAUUUUCAUCUCAGCAAAAGGAUCCGGACGACUUCCGCCUCCUCCAUCAACAAACUCGUGUAAGUUCCCAUCACCUCACCUCGCCCACAGGACAGAGAAUUACUUUUAUUAAUCUGCCCUUCUCGCCAGAACCACCCUCCAGAUCUCCAGCUCACGCCCGGUCAAACGCCUUAUUUGGUCACUUGAUUCGGCCAGACUCCUUCCUUCUUGUCUUACUCCAUCUGAGCUCCUGGCAGGCAGAGGAGUCGGAGUUUGAAAACCUUCGACGCACAGCAUAUUCAUACCUUCAGGCCCUACAGCUGCGUGCCCCGGGCGCCCUGUUGCAGUUCCUUGUCCUCCUACAAAACGGGGAUCACAUGCUCUCCUCAGCCAGGGCGGAGAUCGGUGGGAAAAGCGGUCGGACAGAAGCCGAUUAUAAGCCCUCUCUCUCCUUCUCCUCCUUCCGCGAAGUAAAACUCUCAACCCUGAUGAAGAGAGUGGAAGCGUCUGUUCAGUCGGCUAUAGAGGACUUCGCUAAGUCCUUGUCCAUGCAACCAGUGCGUAUACAAAUUGUAAGCCUUGUGGGUAUUAUGCUCCGCCCAUUAUCGGACAGUCUGUCAUCCCCAAACGACGACACUUCGGUCACAAGAAACCUGAGGCAAGUUCCCCAAACGAAAGCCACGCGGAUUAGUCUACAGAAUUCCAAGCAUAGCUCCCUCUUCAAGACGAUGAGGGCACCGGAGGACGCGGGUGUCUUCUGUCGCCUGCAGACGCUGAGAACCUUCCUGCUUCACUGUGAACGCUGCUUCUGCGUGGAUGAAGCCUACCGACCCGGGGAGGACAUCUGCCCUCCGGACUGGGAGCUGGCGUUAUGCAGGAAUCAGCAGAGGCAUAGACAUUUGCUAUUUAUUCCCCUGGAGCGGUUAGAAAUUGACUACCAUUCAGGUCGGACGGGCAGCUUCGAUGACUUGCAGACCUAUUUAAAGGCAUGGACAAAAUUGGGUCGAGCCCUGUGGCUGGAGAGACAUCAUUUUCUCAAAAAUUAUGUCAUUUUCAGGGUUGACGCGUUCUGUGAAUUGGCCAGUCUGCUCAUAAAUGCUGACUCCCUGCUGGCCUGCUACGCUGCCCACCUCACAGCAGACCCAAGACACUUUUCCAACCGCAUAAGCGCACUGACUGAUAUCAGCGUGGAAGAAACCCAACUAUGCUUUCGCCUCCUGCACAAGGACGGCAAGAUUCCAAGUCCCCUGGUGAGGGUUCUUUUAGCCGAUGAUAUAAUAGAGUUGUGCGCUCCACUGCUACAUUCAAAGCCGAGAAAAUCGAGGACUCACAGGGGCAGAACGCGGAGACGAGUAGCUAGUAGUCUGCAAUCGGUGGAUCUUGUCGGUGACCAGGAACUGAGCAAAAAGCUCAGGCCUCUGCCAAAUUCUUUGGUAGAAAAACUGAAGGAAAUGCUCGACUUGGGAUUUGAGCUCACUAGAGGCGAUGCGUCUGCACGACACUCUGAAGUUUCCUUCUUCUACACUGGUACCAAUGUCAACUUGAAAGUAGAUUCCCAGCUAGCGUUGACUGAUUUGGCGGAUUCUGGGGUCAAAAAAGACAUGCUCUCCGUGACCGCGCCGAAGGAAAUUCUGGAUAUUUUCUUUGACAGAAUUCUUACGGAAAUUUAUGCAAAUCUGCGAGGGGCGACGACUGUAAUUGAAGAUCCCACCAGUAACCUGCCGUCAACCAAGGCGCAGAAAUGUUUACGAAGGGCAGAGGUGGAAUUUCAAAACGGCUCUAUUUUGAUUGAAGACUGUUGCUUUGAUGAAUCAGUCUCGGAGCCGUGGGGAGAAGGUCGUCUUCUGGUUAGCGUUAGAGCGUCUGCCGGUGAGCCUUGUUUGGAAAGUACGGUCGAAGAGGCCCCACUUUCAACAGAAGAGAAGGCUGAAGGUGGAGUUCUGACAAAUCUGGAUGAAUUGCUUCAAAAAACAGCUGAAGACUUUCGAAUUGAGUUUCCAGGGCGUCUGGACUUAGCUGCUGUAACAACUGACGACUGA